GCUCGGUUCGGGUAGUGAAAGGGGGCAGAUCCGCGGAGCAGAUACGAGCCACCGCGGAGCUGCUCAGCACAGCUCACACCGCUCGCGCUGCUUCCUGCCUGCGGUAUCUUUAUUUUCCUGCGAACAGCUCCCCGGCUGCUUCAGCUGGUCUGUUCCGUGUGAACCAUGGUGGCUAAGAACAGAAAACAGACCGGGAAGAGUCCAGCGACCCAGACUGACCGCGACAGAAACCCGCUUGUAUCCGCCAGUGGUAAAAGUAACGUGAGGCGGGCGGGGAGGGAGGGCAAAGCGGCCACCGGCUCUCACCCAAACGGGCUCCCGGGCAUCAGACACAAGCUCGGGCUAAGUCCCUCCGCAGCCGCGAAGCUGGGAGUCACUCUCCUCCUCGCUGCUCUGACUGGAUAUCUACACUGGUACCAUCUCUCACAGCUGUUUGAGAACGACAGACACUUCUCACACCUGUCAAACCUGGAGAAGGAGAUGGCUUUUCGCACAGAAAUGGGUCUGUACUAUUCCUACUACAAAACUGUUAUCGAGGCGCCGUCUUUCCUGGAAGGCCUCCACAUGAUCAUGAACGAUCGGCUUACAGAGCAUCCCCUGGUUAUUAACACGCUCAAGAGAUUUAAUCUCUAUCCUGAGGUGGUCCUGGCCAGCUGGUACCGCGUGUACACAGGUGUAAUGGGCUACUUUGGGAUACCCACAAAAAUGUGCUGGUCGAUCAACAGAGGAGAAGGACUCACUCCCGUGGACAGCUGUGAAGGGAUGGGAGACCCAGCGUAUUUCUACGUGGCCUGCGUGUUCCUGCAGAACGGCCUGAUGAUGAGCCUGUUCUUCAUCUACGGCGCUUACCUCAGUGGCAGUCGGCUCGGUGGCAUUGUCACCACGAUGUGUUUCUUCUUCAAUCACGGCGAAAGCACUCGUGUGAUGUGGACUCCGCCGCUCAGGGAGAGCUUCUCUUACCCCUUCCUCGUCCUGCAGAUGCUUCUCCUCACCUACAUCCUCAGGACACGGAGCCCGAGCAGGACUGCCAUGGUCGCUCUCGGCGUCUCCACGUUGUGCUUCAUGCUGCCCUGGCAGUUUGCCCAGUUUGUGCUGCUCACUCAGGUGGCUUCUUUGUUUGCGUCGUACAUCCUGGGUUACCUCAGCCCCGGCAAGAUGCAGUCCAUCCUGGUCACUCACAUGGUCACACUCGGCGUCUGCUUCAUCCUGAUGUUCGGUAACUCCAUGCUUCUCACGUCCUUCUACGCCUCCUCACUCGUCUCCAUCUGGGCAAUCAUUGCACUAAGGGACCAAUUUACUAAAGUAUUUAAACCUGGUAUCAUCAUCUGGGUCAUGCAGGGUCUGGCGUGGGUCGGCUCCACAGUCCUGCUCAAAUUCAUGUUGUCUACCGUCCUCGGUGUCUCAGAUGAUGCUCACAUCAGUGGACUGAUCAAGUCUAAGUUCACCAGCUACAAGGACUUCCACACGAUGAUGUACACGUGUGCUGCAGAGUUUGACUUCAUGGAACUGAAGACUCCUCUGCGUUACCUCGGAACGCUGCUGCUGCCCAUCAACAUGCUGGUGGUGGCUCUCAUAGUUGGGAGGACAAUCCAGGAUAUAAUCCGCUUCCUGAGGGAGGGAGGGAAGACGUCUGGCAAGAGGGACAAUGUUGAGGAAGUCGCAGGGUCUGAAAUGGCUGCAAAAGGAGAGCUGGUGUACCACAGUCUACAGCUGUUGGCGUUUACUGUCCUCGCCAUCCUCAUCAUGCGCCUCAAGCUCUUCCUGACACCGCACAUGUGCAUCAUGGCCUCACUCAUCUGCUCCAAACAGUUGUUCAGUUGGGUCGGAGAGAGGUUUAAGCACCAGGUGUUGGUGUUUGCAGUAAUGGCCGGCAUGGCCAUCCAGGGAGUGGCCAACCUUCAGGCCCAGUGGGCGAUCAUUGGUGAGUUCAGCAACCUGCCACAGGAGGAGCUGCUCAACUGGAUCCAGGACAACACCGGCCCUGACUCUGUGUUUGCGGGAGCGAUGCCCACCAUGGCCAGUGUGAAGCUGUCCACAGGUCGACCCAUCGUCAACCAUCCCCACUACGAAGACGCUGGUCUGAGGGAGAGAACUAAGCUGGUGUACUCCAUGUACAGCCGCAUGUCUGGAGAAACAGUGAAGAGCAAUCUGAUGAAGCUGGGAGUCGACUUCUUUGUCCUGGAGGAUUCCUGGUGCACCAGGCAAACAAGGCCCGGUUGCAGCAUGCCAGAGAUCUGGGACAUCGAGGAUCCCGAAAAUGUUGGUAAAAUACCCCUCUGUACCCUCAUGGCCAAGAACUCACGCCCCCACUUCACCACAGUCUUUUCCAAUAACAUUUACGAAGUUCUCAAAGUCACCAAAGAGCUCAGAUAACACUGUGGGAUCAGACUGAUCCAGCACCAAACUUCUUUUCUUUCCACCACUUGUACUUUUUUAAUGUUUUGGUCCGUCACUGCCGUUGCUGCUUUUUACUUCCCGGAACUAAAACUAACCCACAGUUCCCUCUUUUUGAUUCACUGAGCGUCGGACAAAUAAAAGGUUGGAUAUGUGACCUGUGAUAUAUGCCAAAACAAUAUAUGCCAGGAGUCUCUCUGCUCUUGGGGACCCCAUGGAUCUUAGUAUUAAUGACGCUGGAAACUUCCUUCAUGCUGCGCAGGCCUUUGUCAUCCAACGGCGUUCAGUCGGUUCCCACGUGAAAACCAGAAGGUGUUGAAGCUCUUUGUCCACAUUAGUGCUGUUACAUAUUGAUUUUUUUCUUCUUAUAGGUCCAGUAUGUAAAAUAUUUUGUUUAAUACAGUAUUUAAACUGGUGUUUCCAUUAGAGUGCAUUUUUCUGUCCGCACUUGACUGAAUCUGAGAGCCUGACAUUUUUUUUUUCGUCUGAGCCAAAAAAUAUCCAACAUGACAAAAUUUCAGACUUGCCUUGAACGAUGAUCAGAUUUUCUUUAUUAACUCUUGUUGAACCGCUGACGACUCAUAUUGUGAGGUUUUGUGGAGUAAAAGGAUAACAUCCACCAUGGAUGUUCAAAAAUAGGAAACCCCCGGUUCUAAACAGAAACACAAGGUCAAUAACUUAUCAGUUUCUACUUAUUAUCACUUAUUUUUACAUGUUAAACAUCUGUUUAUUACAUGUUUACACCGUAUUUUCAGUGGAACCACUUGUCCAGAUGCAGAGCGCGCUGCAAAUCAAUAAAAGUGGACGCCCCCCUAUCACAUACUGUGAAGCAGUGUUGAUAUCUGAAAAGAUUUUUUUUUAAUAAGUUAUUUGUGUGAAUAUUUUAUGAGACAUUUUAUUUAGAGGCUGUGUUUUUUUUUGUUGUUGUAAAUCUGGGGGGAAAAACAGGAAAACAUUAUUUUGUGGGGUUAAGAAGCAACAGUGUUUUUUUUUUUAUUCUGUCCUAAUUUGGAAAAACCUAAAAAACAACAAGUAUUAACCUGACUGUGCCCUGUACCAAGAUUUCUGUAAAUACCCAAACGGUUGUUUUGUACAAUACCAAUGAACGGCCUUUAAAAGGUUCCUUGUGUUUUAUUGUUAUUGUUUAUUUUGCCAAAGGAAGACUUGUUGUCAGAGUUGGGAGUUUUAUUGAUGGCACUGUAGCAAAUAAGUGAUGUGUUUUUCUGUAACAGCCAAACGAGAGAAAAAAACAAAAACAUUUGUAGCAGUGACUUAAAUGUAAAUGGUAGCAGGUGUUUCUUAUUUUUGCCACAAACAUGUUUGUCUGAUUAAAGCCAGGAUAGGCAACAUAUUUUUUGUAAAAUAUUUUCAUCAGUAAUUCCAUUUUAAUCUUUGAACACAGCGUUGGGGCUGCGACUAAAUUAAUUGUCAAGUAUUUUGAUAAUCAAAUAAGGUUUUUUUUUAUUCAUCAGCUUCUUAAUUCUGAAUAUUUUCUGGUUUGAUUGCUCCAUUUUACAAGGAAAUCAUUAAAAACAGGAAGUUUGAGAACAUCAUUACUUCCAGGUUUGAAAAUGUUCAUUUUCAGUUCAUGGACCAAACAACUCAUCGAUUAAUCAUCGAUGCAAAUAACCGUUAGUUGCAGCCCUAAAUCGAGUGAUCUGAGAGAGAACUACAGUAGAGCUGCAACUAACGAUUUUUUUCUCAAUUAAUCGAUUCAUCGUUUGGUCCAUAAAAUAUCAGAAAACCUUAAAAAAUGUUGAUCGGUGUUCGUCAAACCUGGAAAUUAUGAUGUUCUCAAAUGUCUUGUUUUGUCCACAAACCAAAAUGAUUAACUUUUAAUGAUUUCUUUGUUAUCCGGACCAAAGAAAUGAAGAAAAUACUCACAUUUAAGAAGCUUAAACAAUCGAAAAUCUUGUUUUAAUCACGAAAAAAGCUUUAAACCGAUUCAAAAUAGUUGUCGAUUAAUUUAGUAAUCGAUUAAUAAUCUAUUAAUUGUUUCAGCUCUAAACUACAGGACAAGAAACCAGUCCCAGGGCAGAGUCUGCUAUUGGCUGAUAUUGUUUUCUUAUAUUUUGAUUUUAUUUCUGCAGCUCUAAGUCACAAAUCACAGUUUUCCUCGAUCCACUGUACAACCUGAACAUGUAGCAACAUUUUCUGUAACUUGGACCUUUAAUAGAUGAAUAUGACAGACGGGGCAGUGAAGGACUUUUCUGACUAUAGAAGAUGGCAGUGAUGUCAAAUCAUGUAAGCUGCUGUUAAACCUCAUAGAAGAAGACCAUUUAGUAGUUCCUCCUUUUGGGAACUGACACUCACUAAUACUUGGUGCUGUAAAGUCCACAACAUGCAGAAUUCUGUGAUGGAGAUAUUUAACUGCUCCUUUAACAGGGUACAAUCCACUAUGUUGAACAAGACGGGCUAAAAAGCCUUUUUUUUUCCUGAUUAUUUUUCAUGUGAAAAGGUCUGAAACUGGUUGAAAUCCUGGCAGCGCGAGUCGCCAUCUAGUGGAUAAUUUCACUGAGCUGAAUGAACCAAUUUGUUUCGUGUUUUCCUUUUGUUUUAUUUUCAGAGCCAUUUCUUUACAUACUGUGAGGACUGAGGAUUUGAUGACACAUAACUGAUCUCAUAAGUAAAGAGCCCAUUUUUUUCAGAAGUGAUGCAGGCGUACGUGUUUUAAGAUGUCUUUUAUAAUAUUUGUCUAUUUUGUCUGAAUUGGGGGGAAAAAAAUAAAAAUUAAAUAUUUGCAUCAACA